CGGCCCCGGGAGCGCGAUGGAGGCGCCGCCGCGGAGGCCCCGCGCUCGCUGCAAGGGCCCGGGCGCGCCGGCCUGGAAGGAAGCGUACCGCCGCGGCUGCAUGGAGAGGCUGAGGAGCAGCCGCGCGAAGCUGCUGGCGCGGUACCGGCAGGCCGGGCAGCGGCCGGGCGCGCUGCUGGUGCGGGAGGUGAUGGAGCAGGAGUGGCGCACGCUGCAGGCCGCGCCGCACGGGCUGCGGGCGCUCGGCGGACAGGCGGCCCUGGCACAGAUGCUUGAGGACCCUGACGAGCUGGCAGUACUGGAAGAGAUCCAACAAGAAUUGAUCUUGCAAGAGCAGUCAGUUAUAGAAGAGUAUGAGCAGAGCCUGCGGUUCGAUGAGGAGUGUCUCAAUGCCACACUGGAGGGCUUGGAUGCCAGCACCAAGGUCAUCUGCCCAGUGUGCAGGAAGAAUAACCUGACUGUGAGGAAUCACUUGGUUUUCUGCCAGUGUGGAUUAUACAUCAGCACCCAGGGGAUGACAGAAGCAAAGCUUCAGGCACUUUUAGAGAACACUGUAACAGAGCACAGCCAGAGGUGCUUUCACAGCCCAGAGUUCACAGUGACCAGUGGCAUGGAGGAGGAAGCCAGUCUGCUCAUGAGCUGUGCGGUGAGUCUGAACAUCAAGGUCCUGGAAAGGAUCUCUGCUUGGAUCCACUUCUGCAUGACAUGGGCAGAAACCAUGAGCCCAGGGACCCCAGGGGUGUGUGUUGCUGGUUUUCCAGAAGCCUCCGUGGAAGUGGGUUUAAUUUUCUUUAGACCACCAGUAACUGUAAAGAGCAGCAAAUGGCACAGCUUCACUGCUGGACUGGGGGAUCCUUCAAGGACCUGUCAAAUCUCAUGUCUCACCUUAGGCAACACCCUCCAAGUCUUGUGUGGAGCAUGUUAGAUAAGUGGUUGCUGAAGGAGUUUUUAGAAUCACUUGUUUCAGUCUCCUCAAAAGGCUCACCCACACCCCUAGAGAACACGUGCCAUCCCUCUGGCUCUGAGCUGUGCUGCUCGUGUAAAAAUCACUGACACCAGUGGUAGGAGCAACAGUUUGAAACAUUAAUAAUUCACUUUAUACAUUGCCACAGCUUCUCUCUUCAACUUACCUUUUGUAAAGGUCUGUGACUCCUGGACCAUUCUCCUCUAAGCUGAUUCAGCUGCUGCCUUUUUUUUUGCUGGAAGGACUUCAAGACUAGAAAUCCAGCCAGAGCUGCUAGUACUUCUGUGUAUAUACUUGUAACUGCUGUGUCACACAGACACUUGAGGAGGCAGUGAGUAACUGCCUUGACCUGCACUUUUAAUGGCACAGUCUAUGUUUUGAAAUAAAUCUACUUUAGUUUA